UCACUGCAGAAUAAAACUGUUUGUGGAAUACCGAUAAAAUAUGGUUUUCAAAUGCCAGGAGGAUAGUUUCCUCAAAGAAUUUAAAACAAAAGUUGUAUCAUGCGAAAAAAUCAAGGGAGGUUUCAACGUGGUUCUUGAAGAUACCGUACUGUUUCCGGAAGGAGGCGGCCAACCAUCGGACCACGGAAGAGUAAAUGAUCGGCUGGUAAAAUCGGUUAUCCGAAAGGGAGCUCAAGCGGUUCACUUCAUUGAGGAUGAAACUGAAUCGCCCCCGUUUACCGUUGGCGAAGAGGUCAGCCAGUCUGUUGACUGGGACCGAAGAUUUGAUCAUAUGCAACAACACUCCGGUCAACACUUGAUAACGGCUAUAUUUGAUCGCGAGUUUCAACUCAAUACCAAAUCCUGGUGGCUGGGCACCGACAGUUCUUACAUAGUUCUCGAUGCAAAAGACGUUACCCGGGAGCAGGUGGAAAGAGUGGAAAAAAUCUGCAACCAACUGAUCAUCGAUUGUACACCGGUUGGAGUCAAGGUUUAUGAACCCAAUGACCCGGCACUUCAAUCAGAUGUUACACGGGCAACCCGUGGUCUUCCCGAAGAUGUCACCGGGCCGCUGAGGGUUGUGACCAUUGAGGGCGUCGAAAGCAAUAUGUGCUGUGGAACACACGUGCGUAACCUGGGCCAGCUACAGGCGGUAAAACUUCUUAGCGUCGAGAAAGCGAAAAACAAAUGCCUUGUCCAUUUCCUCGUUGGAGGCAGGGUGUUGCGGAAACUAUCCGAGUGCUACGAGAGAGAAGUUCAAUUUAAUUCCCUGCUGAACGGAGGCCCCCUCGCACACGUGGAUUUGAUCAAGAAGCUUCAAGCUACCGUUCGUGGUACGCAACGUGUCGCUAAAAAGCUUAGUACUGAGCUGGCCGCUGCCGAAGCAGAGCGAUUGAAUAAACUACAAGAAAAUCCUCCAAAAUAUGUAUUCUUACAUCGUUGCGAUGGGCCGGAUUCCGAUUUCGUUAACACCUUCCUACGUUUGUCGAAACUUCCAGAGAGCUUCAUUUUUCUGACGAACGGUGAUACGGAUAGUAAUGGCAAGGGGCAAAUGGUACUGUUAGGAAAACAGGAAGAUAUUGCUAAGCUUGGACCGGAAAUGUGCUCCCUUCUGGAGGGCAAGGGGAAUGGAAAAGGUACUCGGUUUAAUGCGAAGGUUAAUAAGCUUAAGAAUGUGGGACUAUGUGAAAAAUUAGUUCAAAGCCAUUUUUCCGAAGAAGGUCUAGCUGAAAAGUAAGCGAAAUCAAGUACGGUACACUGAAAUUGAAAUAAAAAGGACAUGCACUAUGCAAUAUAUAGGAAAUUUAUUUUGAUUUUCUCGUCAUGCAUUGAAAAUGCCCUGAGAAAAGGAAUCGUUUAACGAUUUUUAACAU